AUGAUUGAAUGCCACUCACCUUCAGUAACUGUCAAUCUUGGCCACAGAACGAAGAUGUAUUUCAUUACAUCGAAGCCUUUUUGGGUUGUUUUAGUGGCCUGCCUUCCAUGCCUCCGUUGUGCACACGUUAUGAAGUCUGUGUCGGGCGCAGACUCCAUGGACACUUACAGGAGCGUGGUUUCUGAAGGACUGUUUUCUUCUGCGUCGAUGAGAGAGGAGCGUGCCCUUCCUUGUCCUUCCGACGUCGACGUGGCGCCCUGCGUGUGUUCCUUCGACGGCGCUUCCCUCGACCUCGACUGCAGUUCGGUGAAGGACCUUGACGACCUGGCGAGGGUGUUCCAGGCGGACUUCCCCUUCUCGUCGUUCACGUCCCUCGCCAUCGCCGACAACCCGCACCUCGUGGGAGAGCUUCCGGGAGGGAUCUUCGGCCCGGUCACGUUCCAGAACAUCACCCUCGUGCGCACGAACCUCAGCGCCGUCUCGGACAAAGCCUUCGCGAGCUCGGCCUCCAGGCUGCAGCUCCUCGACCUCGGAUCCAACGCCCUCACGAGCUUUCCCUUCGAGACGCUGGGAGACUACUUCCUCCUUCAGCACCUCGACCUCAAGAGAAAUCGGCUUGGCAGAAUUUUGGACUUAGAAAGCUCAAGCUUGGAAUACUUAAAACUUGACAGCAAUCCUCUGCUUGAAUUGACCGCAACGACUUUUGCAAACGCGCGAUAUCUCAGAGCGCUCUAUCUGAACGACGUCAGCCUUAAGGGAGUCCCCGUCGGACUGUUCGACAGCCUGAACCACCUGCAGGAGCUAUACCUGAUGGGCAAUCAGAUCCAGACCCUAAGCAGCGGUACAUUCAACCUUAACAGCAAGAGUCUGAUCAUCGUGGCCCUCGCUGGAAAUGCCAUCAGUCAGGUGGAACCAAAUGCUUUCGGAACAAGCCUUUCGCACACCGUUACCUUGGACUUCCGUGCUAACUCUUUGGCUGAUCUCCCCGAGUCCACAUGGCGCCCCAUGAUCGCUAUUUUAGGCUCCGGUUCCCUUCUCAUCGAUGGCAACAGCUUGACAUGCGGAUGCAACCUGUGCUGGCUGAUGCAAGACGCGACGUUACUGAGCCAUACCUCGGGAGGCAAGUGCAGCUCGGGAGAGUACCUUGACGAGAUCAACACGGACUAUUGUGAUUUCUUCUGUUUUAUGGAUUGA